UCAACACUCAACUGUGAACUGUCAGUCUUCAAAAUUAUUAAAUGCAUUUCGCUGACGAAAAUUUAAAAUUUUACUAAGAAUUCAGAAAUCAGAAUUGUAAGCUUGAUUUGAGAUUGUGUGAUCUCCAAACAUCUACCGCAGGAUACACUCAUCGCAAUAUCAUUAAUGAUUAAGAUAAAUUCAGGCAACCUUGUUUAUUGUAUUUUGGUUAUGUGGAAUAAGCGCAUUUUUAAAAGAAACGAACAGUAAAUAAUGUUAUUUUGUCCAACAUGCGCAAAUAUUCUUAUGGUCGAAGAGGGUCCAGAAUCAAUUUUACGAUAUGCUUGUAACACAUGCCCUUAUAUUUACAAUAUAAAGAAAAAAAUUUCAUCUAAAACCUUUCCUAAACUAAAGGAACUUGACUAUAUUAUGGGAGGGGCCGCUGCAUGGGAGAAUGUAGAUUCAACUGAUGCAGUUUGUCCGAAGUGUGGUCAUAGUAAAGCAUUUUUCAUGCAACUUCAAACUAGGUCUGCAGAUGAACCAAUGACUACCUUUUAUAGAUGUUGUGAUCAUAAAUGUGCCCACAACUGGAGAGACUAA